CACCACACAUCACUAUCCUCCAACCUUUACCUCUAACCUCCAAUUUUCCCCUUCAAAUUCUUCAAAUCUAAGCUAACACAAAUUAGUUUUUUUUUUUUUCACAAAAUCAAGAACCCAAAUGAACAUUUUUCACAAAGAAUCAAUGAAAAGAACUCAGCUUAGAUUCACCCACCAUAAAAAAUGGUCAACACCCAUUCUUGUAUUCACAAUCAUAGUUCUAAUACUCCUUUUCACACUAAUUUUCACUAACACCAUUUCCUCAUUUAGCUCUAAAUCAUCAACCCCAAAUUCAAAAUCAACACUUUCUAAUGAAAAAUCUGAAAUCUUGCCUGAACUGCCUAGAUUAGCUUACUUAAUUUCAGGUACAAAAAAUGAUGUUGUAAGAAUAAAAAGGCUACUCCAAGCAGUGUACCAUCCAAGAAAUUAUUAUUUAUUGCAUCUUGAUUUGGAAGCUUUAGAUAGUGAGAGAUUAGAGCUGGCUAAGUAUGUUAAGUUUGAGGUUGUUUUUAGGGAUUUUGGGAAUGUUAAGGUUGUUGGAAAAUCAGAUCUGGUUACUUAUAAAGGGCCUACUAUGUUGGCUUCUAUGUUGCAUGCUGUUGCUAUUCUGUUGAAGAUGAAUAAGAGAUGGGAUUGGUUUAUUAAUCUUAGUGCAUCUGAUUAUCCACUUAUGACACAAGAUGAUAUACUCCACAUUUUCUCAUACUUGCCUAGGGAUCUGAAUUUUCUUGAGCACUCAAGUAAUAUUGGUUAUAAAGAGUUCUCGAGGGUCAGGCCUAUUAUUAUAGAUCCUGGUUUAUAUCAUCUGAAGAAAUCCGGUGUGUUCUGGGCUAAGGAGAAAAGAUCUAUGCCUGCUUCUUUCAAGGUGUUUAUGGGUUCUGAAUGGGUGAUGCUCUCAAGGUCAUUCCUCGAGUUUUGUAUUUGGGGCUGGGACAAUCUCCCGCGCACUCUUCUUAUGUACUACACAAAUUUCUUGUAUUCUCUCGAGGGCUACUUCCACACCAUUGUCUGCAAUCACAAAGACUACCAGAACACGACAGUGAACCACGACUUGCAUUACAUCAAAUGGGACAAUCCCCCGAGGCAGUAUCCUAUCAAUUUAACACUCGAGCACUUUGAGGACAUGGUCCAGAGUGGUGUUCCUUUUGCUCGUACUUUUGCUACAGAUGAUCCGGUUCUUGAUAAAAUUGACAAGAACAUCUUGAGGAGAUCGUCUAGUCGAUUUUCACCCGGGGCUUGGUGUGUGGGAAAUUCUGGCUUAGGUAAAGAUCCUUGUAUAGUUUAUGGAAGUAUUGAUGCUGUUAAACCAUCAGCAGGCUCAAGAAGUCUAGAAAAACUUGUACUUAAGCUCCUUGAUACUGAAAAUUUCAGGUCAAGACAAUGUAAAUAAAUUAUAUACUCUUUUUCCUCUUGAAAAUCUUUCUUCUCUUUUUA